CGAAACAUUUUCCAAAAGACUGCGCUGCAUCUCGCAUUCGCCGCCUCUGUACGGCGGGAAUUUCUCUUCUGCCUUCCAGCUAACACCAAAAUGGCCGACGAGCAAGCCAAUCGCCCUCAUCGCAAGUCCAAAGAGAAGAAGAAGCAUACCGGCGACAAGAACCCGAAAGCUUUUGCCUUUAACGCCCCGGGAAGGUUGCAGAAGGAAGCAAAGCGAUCGCAUGAUGUCAAAGAGAAACGUCUCCAUGUCCCCCUCGUCGACCGUCUCCCCGAGGAAGCACCACCCAUCGUGGUCGGCGUCGUCGGCCCUCCCGGUGUAGGCAAGACUACACUCAUCAAGUCCCUGAUACGUCGCUAUACCAAGCAGACCCUUUCCUCUCCUACAGGUCCCAUAACCGUUGUCACCUCGAAGCGCCGCCGCCUCACUUUCAUAGAAUGUCCCGCCGACUCGCUGGCCAGCAUGAUCGACAUCGCGAAAGUCGUUGAUAUAUGCUUGCUCAUGAUAGAUGGAAACUAUGGCUUCGAAAUGGAGACGAUGGAGUUUCUCAAUGUCUUGUCCGCGAGUGGUAUGCCCGGAAACGUGUUUGGUAUCCUUACACAUUUGGAUCUGUUCAGGAAACAAGAGCAGUUGAAGCUGCAAAAGAAGAGGCUGAAGCAUCGUUUCUGGAGCGAGCUGUAUCAGGGCGCUAAACUAUUCUAUCUCUCAGGUGUGGCCAAUGGCAGGUAUCCUGAUCGAGAGGUCAUGAACUUGUCGAGGUUCCUGAGUGUCAUGAAGAACCCCAGACCGUUGGUGUGGCGCAAUUCACAUCCAUACUGCUUGGCGGACCGUUUCUUGGACAUCACUCCUCCGACAGACAUGGAACAGGAUCCCAAGUGCGACCGCACCAUUGCGCUUUACGGAUACCUCCGCGGCACAAACUUCCCCGCCCAAGGCUCAAGAGUUCACGUACCUGGUGUUGGCGAUCUGAGCGUAUCAUCGACGGAAGCGCUGCCGGAUCCUUGCCCAACUCCUUUUGCCGAGAAAGCGCUCGAGAAGGUCACCGGCAAGAAGAAGAGGCUGAGGCUGGGCGAUAAGCAAAAAAUCCUGUUCGCGCCCAUGUCAGAUGUUGGCGGAGUGCUGGUGGAUAAAGAUGCCGUCUACAUUGAUGUCAAAUCCCAAACUUUCAAUCCGGAUGCGGAACCAGACCAAGAGCGGGGUCUGGGUGAACAGAUGAUGUUGGGGCUCCAAGGUGGAAGGAAACUGCUGGGUGGAGAUGAUGCCGGCAUGAGACUCUUCACUGGAGGCAAUUUGGUCAACGGUGCGGCCGACGAUGACGAUGACGAUACCAAUAUGGGCCGAAAAGCACAGCGCCGCGCGAGAAUGGCAGAGGACCAAGAGGUCCACGAGGAGGAUUUGGACGGUAUCGACAGCGACGAUGAAGAGCUGCAGCGAGACGUCGACAACUCCGACGAGGAUGAGGAUGACACAGGCUUUCUGGACAAUGCCGAUAAUGCCGAUAGAAAACCUUCAAUUUCUCGGCGGAGAGAUUCGGACCGGAAGGGGGAGACGGUAGAGGAAGACAUUGCAUUCGCCGACAGUGAUUCAGACCUCGGAUCGAUAUCUGGAGACGAGCGGGAUCUUGAAGACCUCGAGGACGACGAGUUCGACUCUGAUGAUAUGGAAGAAGACGACAAUGGCGAGCUGCGAUGGAAGGAUAAAAUGCGAGAAAAUGCAGCGAGGAUGCACAGCCGGAAACGUCCAUACCAACCUGCGGAUCUUGCCAGACUAAUGGAAAACCUUGAUCUCUCCCCUGCGGAAGUGGUCCAAAAGUGGCGUGGUGAAGAGGACAACCCGGACGACGAUUCAGAAGAAGACGAGCAAGACGAAGAUUUUUUCAAAAAAUCAAAGGACGAAAAGGAAGCGAACGCCGAGGACCGUUACAUACCUAAUUUUGAUUAUGCUGCGUUGGAGGAGAAGUGGGAGGACGAAGAAACCAUUGAAGCGUUCAAGGGCAGGUUCGUUGGCGGGCACACAUCAGGAAAAGAUGGUAGUGGUGAUGAGGGUGAAGACGAUGAAGAGUUUGAUGGCUUCGAUGAGGAUGACGAGGGAGAUGGCGCUUUUGAAGAUCUCGAAACUGGUGAAACGUUUGGUGGCGAGAAACAAUCCAAUGGCGAGGUCCAAGAGGAUGCAGAUGACAUUGCAGACGAGCGAGAGAAGAAUGCAAAACGAAAGGAGGAGCUCAAGCUUCGGUUCGAAGAAGAAGAUCGCGAAGGAUUCAUGAACGACAAAGCAGAUGGUCGUGGAGGGGACGAAGAGGAAUUCGGCGAGGACGACUGGUACGAUGCACAAAAGGCCGCAUUGAAAAAACAGUUGGACAUCAAUCGCGCCGAAUUCGACCAACUUGAUGAAACUUCGCGCAUCAGGGUAGAGGGUCACAAAGCUGGAACAUAUGCUCGCAUAGUCCUUGAGAAGGUGCCUUACGAGUUCUCGGCCAAUUUCAAUCCUCGCUUUCCGGUUCUCAUCGGAGGCCUCGCCCCUACAGAAGAGCGAUUUGGGUAUGUUCAAGUACGAAUAAAGCGUCACCGCUGGCACAAGAAGAUUCUCAAAACGAACGAUCCCCUCAUAUUCUCGCUUGGAUGGCGACGAUUCCAGGCGACGCCCAUUUACAGCAUACACGAGAACAGAAUGCGGCAUCGCAUGUUAAAGUAUACUCCUGAGCAUAUGCAUUGCCACGGGACCUUUUAUGGGCCUCUCGUUGCCCCAAACACAGGCUUCUGCUGUGUGCAGUCUCUUGCCAAUAAGACGCCCGGCUUCCGGAUAUCUGCAACCGGCGUUGUUCUCUCUGUCGACGAGUCCUUUGAGAUUGUCAAGAAGCUCAAACUCACUGGCCACCCUUACAAAAUCUUUAAGAACACAGCUUUCAUCAAAGAUAUGUUCCAGUCCUCUCUCGAAGUCGCCAAAUUCGAAGGCGCCUCGAUCCGCACUGUCUCAGGCGUACGCGGUCAAAUCAAGCGUGCUCUCAGCAAACCAGAAGGCAAUUACCGUGCCACGUUUGAAGACAAGAUCCUCAUGAGCGACAUCGUUUUCUUGCGUGCCUGGUACCCCAUCAAACCACACCGCUUCUACAACCCCGUCACCAACCUUCUCGAGGCCGCCUCGGCUUCGGACCCUGAUCUCGCCGGCGAAUCAACAGGCUGGAAGGGCAUGCGCCUCACGGGCGCCGUUCGCCACGCACUCGAACUCCCCACUCCCUCGCUCAAAAACUCAGCAUAUCGUCCCGUUGUCCGCGAGGAGCGCCACUUCAAUCCCCUCCGCGUCCCCCGCAAACUUGCAGCAGACCUUCCCUUCAAGUCGCAGAUCGCCGCCAUGAAACCGCAGAACAAGCAGACGUACUUGCAGAAGCGCGCUGUGGUAUUAGGUGGCGAGGAGAAGAAGGCCCGUCGUCUUAUGAACCAGGUCAUGGCGAUGCGCAACGAAAAGGUGGAGAAGCGUCGCAAGAAGCAGGAAGAGAGGAAGGAGCCGUAUAAACGCAAGAUCGCGGAGAACAUGGAGAAGAAGGCUGACCGGGAGAAGAGGGAGAAGCAAGAGUAUUGGCAGAGAGAGGGAAAGAAGAGAAGACAUCAGGAGAGCGGGGGUGGUGGUGAAGGCGGAGGGAAAAGGAGAAAGUAA